UUUAUAAUUCUAAAUAUAACCAAACUACAAAAAGGCUUCAGCGUUAAUUAAUUAAUUAACACAUAGGAACAUGUUAAAUAUACGUGAAUCUCGUUUAAAAAAAAAACAAAAGCAUUCUGCAUUCAUGACAUGUUGAGAUAAAAAAGUAAAUGAGUCAGACAAGAAGAAAGAACAUUGAUGGCGGUGAAGAAGACGGAGACGGCGGAGAAGAGCAGCCAUGGUCGGGCUCCGGCGGUGGAGCUGCGUUUCAGAUAUGGUUUCCGGCCGGAGCUUCCCCCGCCGGUGACUCCUCGACCUCUCUGUCCCUUUCCCACGCGAAUUGCACCAAUACCCUUCUCGUCGACUUCUUCUCCGAUUACGCCAUUGAAAAACUCUAUGUCACAGACUCGUUCCGUGCCGAGUAGCGAGCUCGUGCUUGUAGAUGGAACACGUUUGUGGGGUCUCGAUGAGAUGGGGAGGCAGAGAACACAUAAGGAAAGAAAGCACAAUAAUGCAAAAGACUUAGGUUCCAUUGUUGGGUUUUUUUUUUUUGUCUGAAUCUGUGAUUUUUUUUUUCCAAUUCUUUUUAUUUCUCUGAUUGAUUUGAGAGGAAGACCGGUGAGAUGAGCCAACUAUAAAGCAAAGAUUGUACAUCAGAACAAGAAAAAAAA